AUGGCGCGCUCAGUUUCUUCACGACCCCUCGCCGAAGGCCAAAGCAAUGGCGAUGCGGACGAUGAAACCUCAAGUCUCCUCCCGAUCACCUCCCCUCCUUCUCCAACCACGCUUCGUCGUCACCAAGGCAUCCAGUUCACCGGAUUAGAUCGACCCUCCAGGCGCGUGCAGGACAUGGGCGAGAGAGUCAGUCUUCUAGGCGGCGAUGGUGCGCAGCGAUCCUAUACCACGAUACCUGCUCCUCCCCGACCGGAUGCCUUCUUUAGGCAUAAUAGCGCUGCUGGCAGUGUCCGCAUGUCCAAAAAUCACAGCCGUGCAAACUCCCAGGCUACGAGAUUUGGCCCAAAUGGCGCUAUCCAGUGGUCCGACAAUCUUCCUUCGGGAGCCGAGGCGCGAUUUUCGGAUAACAGAGUUUGGUACGAUCAGUUUACCUCCACGGAUUGGGUCCACGAUACUAUCGCCGACGGGAUCCGGCUCCGAGAGUUGAGGAGCCGAAAGGAUAUCCGUGGCAGAUUCUUAGCCUGGGUCGAUGGGGCACAGGGCUGGAUUCUCGUCGCCGUCAUUGGAAUCGUGACUGCUUGCUUCGCCUAUUUCGUGGAUGUGACUGAACGGGCGCUGUAUGACCUUAAGGAAGGGUUUUGCACAGACAACUGGUUCUCUAGUAGGCAUCAUUGCUGUGUAGGGGAGGAUGAAUGCCAGUCAUGGAGAACAUGGUCUGAUAUCUUUGGAAUUUCAAAAGUCGACAAGCCUUGGGUUGACUUCGCCGCCUUUGUCGCCUGGGCCGUUGUUCUUGCAGCCGCGUCUUGUCUUCUUACGCUCUUAACCAAAACCGUUGUUCCAUCCUCAAUUUCACUUUCAACAUUGGAUGAAGAUCUUGCGGCUGGCGGAGUGGGUAUAUCUGAAGAUAUUCCCACCCGAUCAGAUCCUAAAGCUGGGUCCGAUACAGGUGCAACUGAUGCUUCCGAUGGUUCGGCUCCACCAAUGGUCUAUUAUUCUGCAGCUGGUAGCGGGGUUGCAGAGGUCAAAGUCAUCCUAAGCGGGUUCGUUAUCCAUGGCUACCUUGGGAUGAAGACUCUGAUUAUCAAAACCUUAGCACUAGUUCUUAGUGUUGCAUCAGGCCUGAGUGUUGGCAAAGAAGGCCCUUAUGUGCAUAUAUCCACUGCUAUUGGGAAUAUCUGUUGUCGAAUAUUUUCAAAAUAUCAGCAUAACGACGGUAAACGGCGUGAAGUUCUGAGUGCAAGUGCUGCCAGUGGUGUCGGCGUCGCGUUUGGUGCUCCAAUUGGCGGUGUUUUGUUCAGUUUAGAAGAAGUUAGUUAUUACUUUCCUCCGAAAACCCUCUUCCGCACAUUUUUCUGCUGCAUUGUUGCCGCGCUUUCAUUGAAGUUUCUAAACCCCUAUGGAACUGGAAAGAUUGUGUUAUUCCAAGUACAUUAUUUAUCGGAUUGGGAGCUGUUCGAGCUUGCAUUAUUUAUGAUUCUUGGUGCUCUGGGUGGAGCUGCUGGAGCGCUUUUUAUCAAAGCUUCAAAAGUUUGGGCUCAGUCCUUUAGAGCAAUUCCGGCGAUCAAACGAUGGCCAAUGUUAGAGGUCAUUUUGGUCGCAUUUCUUACCGGCAUCAUGAGUUGGUGGAAUCGGUACACAAAAUUGGCGGUAUCUGAGCUCCUUUUUGAGCUCGCAAGCCCCUGUGAUUACGCCCAGGCAAGCAAUACAGGACUAUGCCCAACAAAGGAAGAAAUCCCGGACGUAAUCCGUUACCUUAUCAUUGCUUUCGUGAUCAAGGCUUUCCUAACGAUUGUCACUUUCGGCAUCAAAGUACCCGCCGGUAUUUACGUGCCUUCGAUGGUUGUUGGAGGCCUAAUGGGCAGAACGAUUGGGCAUAUUGCGCAAUAUUUUGUCGUCCAUUAUCCAAACUCCUUCCUUUUCGGGAGUUGUCCGAGUACUCGAGGCCCUUUGGCCUGUGUCAACCCGGGAGUGUAUGCCCUUAUUGCCGCUGGCUCUACCAUGUGUGGUGUGACUAGAUUGUCUUUGACUUUGGUCGUUAUUUUGUUUGAAUUGACCGGUAGCCUGGAUCACGUCCUUCCCUUUUCCCUAGCGAUUUUGUGUGCGAAGUGGACUGCGAAUGCUCUGGAGCCGUUGAGUAUAUAUGACCUUCUUACGGACAUGAAUUCUUAUCCUUAUCUUGAUAAUAAGCUUAACCCCAUCACCGAUACUGAGCUUGGUGAAAUUGUACCCCCUGUCCGAAUGUCACGCAUCAUUGACAUUACCGAAUCUCCUCUUAUCCCUGCUUCUGAACUUCGUAUCAAACUUGAUAGGCUCCUCCGUGGUGGCGAAUUAGACAGCGGUCUUCCGAUUCUGCGUAACAAAGUCCUCGUUGGUUUUAUACCAGCCCCUGAGCUUGAGUUUGCUCUAGACACAUUGGAAACGGAAGAUACAAUGUGCUUGAUGUCGAUGAAUACGUCGUGGCACAAUGUGGAAGACCAGGACGGUUUCGAACCAACGGACUUUACGCCUUAUAUCGACCCAUCACCUGUUGCGCUAGACGUCCAUUCGCCGAUCAAUCUUGUUUAUCAGUGCUUUGUUAAAUUAGGCCUACGGUACAUGUGUGUGCUCCGUGAUGGCCAGUACGCGGGCCUAGUGCACAAGAAAUGGUUUGUAAAAUUCAUAAAAGAAACCCACAAGUCUGAGGGCGCCUGA